AUGUCCAUGGCAUCAACAUCCACUCCAAGGUCAUCUUCAGAACUAACUAUCACAGUUGAACACAAUCCUUCCAAAUCACGAUUAUCCGAGCUGGGUAUAAAUUCGUGGCCCAAAUGGGGUUGUCCUCCUGGGAAGUACAUGCUCAAAUUCGACGCCCAAGAGACGUGUUAUUUUCUGAGAGGGAAAGUGAAUGUUUAUCCAAAAGGUUCUUCUGAGUCAGUAAAAUUUGGUGUGGGGGACCUUGUCACCAUACCCAAGGGACUUAGUUGCACAUGGGAGGUAUCCGUUGCAGUGGACAAACAUUACAAGUUCGAGUCUUCUUCCACUCCUACACCCUCCUCCAAAUGUUGUGAUCAGUGA